CAUUCAACUGGGAGCCAAUGCCAACUCUGCCUUCCCCUUUCCAACUCCAACAGGCUUAUCGUUGGAGGAAGAAUUUGUUUCCACAGUUUAACAGGGCAGUUAAGUUGAGCAAGCAGGGGGUCCAGGAGCUCUACCCUACAGAGGCUGAGAUUAGAGCAAGACCUCUCUGUGGUUCUCAGAUAAUCCUCGAUGCCUGACUUGGACGUGUGCCUGAGGCUCAGGGUUCUGUCCUCCUCAUCCUCUGGCCCCUGGCCCUUGAAGAGCUGGCCUGGGUUCUCUCACCCCCCUGGGGGGCAGUUGUGGAGCAGGCCGGCAGCUAGGGGCUCUCUAGGAGGGGGAACAGUAUGUCGGCCGGCGGCAGGAAAAGUGCUGGGAGACCAUCCUACUAUUACCGGCUGCUGAGGCGAUCGCGUCUGCAGAGACAGAGGAGUCGGUCCAGGAGCCGAAACAGGCCAGCUAGCCGGGAGUCGCCCCAAGAAAGGUCGGGGCAGCGGCGCACCAUGCCCAGCAACCUCUCGGAUAGGAGCCCCAGCAUGGAGCCUUCAGCUACAACACCAUUCCGGGUCACGGGCUUCCUCAGCCGCCGGCUCAAAGGCUCCAUCAAACGGACAAAGAGCCAGCCCAGGCUCGAUCGCAACAACAGCUUCCGCCACAUCCUCCCUGGGUUCCGGAGCACGGACAAUGAGAGAUCCCAUCUGAUGCCGAGGCUGAAGGAAUCGAGGUCCCACGAGUCCUUGCUCAGUCCAAGUAGCGCAGUGGAGGCGCUGGAUCUCAGCAUGGAGGAGGAAGUUGUCAUCAAGCCUGUUCACAGCAGCAUCCUGGGCCAGGAUUACUGCUUUGAGGUAACAACUUCCUCAGGAAGCAAGUGCUUUUCCUGCCGAUCUGCAGCUGAGCGGGAUAAGUGGAUGGAGAAUCUUCGGCGAGCUGUGCAUCCAAACAAGGACAACAGUCGGAGGGUGGAGCACAUGUUGAAGCUUUGGGUCAUUGAAGCAAAGGACCUCCCGGCCAAGAAGAAGUAUUUAUGUGAACUGUGCCUGGAUGAUGUCCUUUAUGCACGGACUACAUGUAAGCUCAAGACGGACAAUGUCUUCUGGGGGGAGCACUUUGAGUUCAACAACCUGCCACCGCUCAGGAAUAUCACGGUGCACUUGUACAAAGAGACUGACAAGAAGAAGAAAAAGGACAAGAACAACUACCUGGGGCUUGUGAACCUGGCUGUGGCCUCGGUGUCGGGGCGGCAGUUUGUGGAGAAGUGGUAUCCUGUGGUGACUCCCAACCCCAAAGGCAAGAGUCCUGGCCCCAUGAUCCGUAUCAAGUCCCGAUACCAGACGGUCAGCAUCCUCCCUAUGGAGAUGUAUAAGGAAUUUGCUGAGUACAUCACCAACAACUACAUGGCUCUUUGCUCUGCGCUGGAACCUGUAUUGAGCGUCAAGAAUAAGGAGGAGAUGGCAUCGGCCCUGGUUCAUAUUCUGCAAAGCACUGGGAAGGCAAAGGACUUCCUCACAGACCUGAUGAUGUCCGAGGUGGACCGCUGUGGGGAGAACGAGCACCUCAUCUUCCGAGAGAACACUUUAGCCACCAAGGCCAUUGAGGAAUACCUUAAGCUGGUGGGCCAGAAGUACCUGCAGGACGCCUUAGGUGAGUUUAUCAAAGCUCUGUAUGAGUCGGAUGAGAACUGUGAGGUGGACCCCAGCAAGUGCUCAUCCUCAGACCUUCCCGAGCACCAGAGUAACCUGAAGAUGUGCUGCGAGCUGGCUUUCUGCAAGAUCAUCAACUCCUACUGCGUUUUCCCUCGGGAGCUGAAGGAAGUCUUUGCCUCUUGGAGGCAGGAAUGUAGUAACCGGGGCCGGCCAGACAUCAGCGAGCGCCUCAUCAGCGCCUCCCUUUUCCUGCGCUUCCUCUGCCCCGCCAUCAUGUCCCCUUCCCUCUUCAGCCUCCUCCAGGAGUACCCGGAUGACCGCACAGCUCGGACGCUGACCCUCAUUGCCAAGGUCACCCAGAAUCUGGCCAACUUUGCCAAGUUUGGCAGCAAGGAGGAGUACAUGUCCUUCAUGAAUCAGUUUCUGGAACAUGAGUGGACAAACAUGCAGCGGUUCCUGCUGGAGAUCUCUAACCCAGAGACCAUCUCGAACACAGCCGGCUUCGAGGGCUACAUCGACUUGGGGCGGGAGCUCUCCACUUUGCAUUGCCUGCUCUGGGAGGUCAUUUCUCAGUUCGAGCAGAGUACGGUCACCAAGCUUGGGCCUCUGCCUCGCAUCCUGAGGGACGUCAACACAGCCCUGAACAAUCCGGCCAGCGUGCAGUUGUCAGUGACAGCUGAGCAUGCAGCCUCUACCCCGAGCACCGGGGGCAGCAUCUCUGCGGGGCUGCAGAAGAUGGUCAUCGAGAACGAUCUGUCUGGUCUGAUAGAUUUCACACGGUUACCAUCUCCAACCCCUGAAAACAAGGACUUGUUUUUUGUCACAAGGUCCUCUGGGGUCCAACCCUCCCCUGCCCGGAGCUCGAGCUACUCGGAGGCCAAUGAGCCUGACGUCCAGAUGUCCAACGGCAGCAAGAGCCUCUCCAUGGUGGACCUGCAGGACAGCCGGAUGUUGGAUGGGGGCACGAGCACCCCCGGGGCCUCGGACCCUCUCAGUGACAGCCAGGGGUCCGCAGGGCAGCUACAGGGCGUGUGGGCGGCCCGGACCCCCCAGAACAGCCUGGCGGGCAUGGCCACGGUGCGGCGGGCGGGGCAGACGCCCACCACACCUGGCACCGAGGGGGCCCCGGGCCGGCCCCAGCUGCUGGCACCACUGUCCUUCCAGAACCCUGUGUACCAGAUGGCUGCCGGCCUGCCGCUCUCGCCCCGGGGCUUGGGGGACUCGGGCUCGGAAUGCCACAGCUCGCUGAGCUCUCACAGCAACAGCGAGGAGCUGGCGGCCAGCAAACACAGCGGGGGCGGCUUUGGUGGGGCGGCCGCUGAGGACUUGGCCCGGCGCCCCGGGGAGCUGGCGAGGCGGCAGAUGUCGCUGACAGAAAAGGGUGGACAGUCCGCCGUGCCGCGGCAGAACAGCGCCGGCCCCCAGCGGCGGAUAGACCAGCCGCCGCCGCCGCCUCCCCCCCCGGUCACCCGGGGCCGGACACCACCCUCCCUCCUGAACACCAUGCAGUACCCCCGGCCGUCGAGCGGGAGCAUGCUGUCCUCGUCUCCCGACUGGCCGGGCAGUGGGGCGCGGCUCAGGCAGCAGUCGUCCUCCUCCAAGGGGGACAGCCCUGAGAUGAAGCAGCGUACCAUGCACAAACAGGCCCCUUCACCUGUGAACCCCAAUGCACUGGACCGCACAGCCGCUUGGCUAUUGAAUAUGAACAUGCAGUUUUUAGAAGAUGAGAGCUUUGACCCAGAUCCCAAACACAGGGAUAAGCUAAGGAGUAAGGAGGAACUCAGCCAAGCUGAAAAGGACAUUGUAGUGCUGCAGGACAAGCUGCGCAUCUCGGCCAAGAAGCUGGAAGAGUAUGAGAGCCGGUUCAAGUGCCAGGAGGAGACAACCCAGAAGCUGAUGCUGGAAUAUCAGGCUCGGCUGGAGGAGGGGGAGGAGAGGCUACGGAGGCAGCAGGAGGACAAGGAGAUCCAGAUGAAGGGGAUCAUCAGCAGGUUGAUGUCGGUGGAGGAGGAAUUAAAGAAGGAUCACGCAGAGAUGCAGGCGGCAGUGGAUUCCAAGCAGAAAAUUAUCGAUGCCCAGGAAAAACGCAUUGCCUCGCUGGACGCAGCCAACGCACGCCUCAUGAGCGCCCUGACCCAGCUGAAAGAGAGUAUGCAUUAGAAACAAAAUCCGCUCGUUUUCUGGAAUACAGGCCCUUUAAAUUGAGCGCACGCACUACAUGGGAAUUAAGAGCCCUGAAGGAUGUUAAACAUGAUCACCCAACAGGAACAGCAGCAAGGAGCCGGCAGGCCCCCCCGUGCACACAGCCCGCUGGCCAGUCUGGACUGUGCUCUUUCUCCUGCUCCCCACCCCGUCCCGGACCCGGGGGACCCACACGUCUAGGGCCAGGGCUGGCUUUUCUCGUUUUUACUUUACUUGUGUGUUGUGGUUCAAAGUUAGGACCUUCUGGUGCUGUCCCCUUCCAUUCUGUGUCAGAGAAGGUCUAGUCAGGAAAGCUCUUUGGAGGCAGGAUUGGGAAGAGAUCUUUGGCCCAUGGUCUGCAGUCUCAUUUAAAGGGUCUAUCAGUGAGGGGGUGAGGAUGGAGCACCAAGUCCUCCUGCCUGUAGCCUGAGCCAAGGUGCCAGUGCCAACUCAGUACCAUCAGGAUCCAGACUACAGACCUUGCCAUACCCCUACAGAAGAUGGUCCUAGAAACCAGUCAGAGACAAGGUGAAAAACCUCAGCUUCCUUCUCUCUCUUCCCUCUCCCCCCUCUCCCCCCCGCCCCUGCCUCUUAAGUUUUUCUAAGACCUUAAUUAUUCCAGCUAGGACUGCCAUGCUGGAUCCCUGGAAAUCUCUGUUCUUUUUCCCUCCCCCAGCUGCACAUGCCUUUUGCUCAGUUGAUUUCCCUAUCCCGGCAUGGUCAGACCACCGCUCCCCUUUCCUGAAUCAGAAUUCAGGUGGCGGAUGGGGAGCAGAGAGAGCAGGCUGUGAGUGUUCUCUCCUCUGGCUGAAUCAGCUAGCUUUGGAGAAGGGCCUGAAAGACAAAGCAUCCUUCAGAAAGGCCCCUGAAAAUCCAUGCAGCAGCAAGCUUAGGAAUAACAGGGUACUUUUGACCAUUCGGGGCAGAAACUGCCAUUUCCAAACUCCUCCGAGACUCAAGUUCACCAAGAAAUUUCUGCUAAAUUGGUGGCUUGGGGAAGGAACAGAGAUCCUGGCAGGGGGAUGUUUCCAUGAAACUAAUUUAAUUCCAUUUCAUUUUUUGGUCAGAGCCAGAGACACUUACCUUGUGAUGGAUGAUAAUCUGGCUAGAAGAUGAGGGGAUCAGAAAUAAGGCAUUAGGGAUAGAAAUGUGUUCCCCCAUUCCCCACCUCCCAACUCCCCAAGAAAUUUGGGGUGGGGAGAAGGCUCUCCAACAUGAGAGUGAUCUUGAUGGGAGAGAUUCAGCUCUGUGUGGAGAAGGGUGUGGCUGAUUGAAUUGGAAGUUGAAUAGUAUCUUUCUCCCUCAUCCUUGCCCUUCACUGCCUUUUUACCCCCUUCAUCCUACAGGGGGACCUCACUUCUGACUAGGGGUCUCAGGCCACUAAAUUAGGCUCUAUCAAUAUAUCUAAGAGCCAUGCCAGAUGAGGAGAACUUGGACAUCUUUAGGCUAAGGUGUCUUUGUUUUUAAUUUCUUGCCCAUCGUAUUUACUUACCAAAUACAAACCGAUCCUCCAUACCCAUAUUUAUAAACUUUCCAUUUCCUUUUUUCGUUUUGUUUUCAAAAGAGAAAAGGUUUCUCUCUCUCCCUUCUCCCCCCACCCCGAGUUUCUGUUUCUGAAAUGUGUGUCUCAUAGCAAUACUGGGGACCAAGUCCCCACAGCCAGGGAGAAAGUCAACAAGGGACCGAAGACCACUAUAUAUAACAUUUGUCACCUGCUCGCUCAUUCUCAUGCUCUCUUCGGCGAGAGCCUUAUCUGGUGCAAAAACUGUAAAGUGUACAGACUGUCCACCGAUUUUUAUCUUACUGCAAGUCUGACAACUUUUUUGUAAAUGUUCUCUCGGUGUUUGAUUGUAAUGUAAUUAUUUCACUAUCAGCUGUAUAUAGUGAUUCGCGCCUGGUGCUGCCUCACAGACGGGAUUGGGCAGCUGCUUGUAGAAUGACUUGGAGUUUUAUUUUUUGUUUUCCUCAUUAAAAAAAAAAAAAGGAAAAAAAAACAGAGUUGAGGAGGAGUAGGAGGGUUGGGAUUUUUUAAAAAAUUUGAGUUGAUUAGAGACAGCUGUGGUAUACUGGGAAUGCCAGAUUUAGAAUCAAGAAACUUGGGUUUGAACCCAACUCUGCCCCUUGACUAACUGUGUGACUUUGAGAAAGUCAGUUUUCUUCUCAAGGCCUCAGCUUCUUCAUCUGUAAAAUGAAGAGUUUGGAAGACCUCUCAGGUCCCAGCACUAAAUUUCUAGGAUAGGUAAUUUGUGGACUUGGUACAAAAAGAUUUUCCCAAGAUUAUUAGUACCUUGCUGAUAAUAGGAUCUAGCUUUUUUUUAAUUUUUAAUUUUUAAUUUGGUUCCGGGAGAGCUUAACUGGGGGAAUAGGCUCAAUCUGCUCUGUGAAGGGCCAUACUUUUGCCUUUUCAGGAUAAGGCACCCGUAGGAGUGGCUGACACAUAACAUCGACAAUCACAGCCACAAGCCCCGUCCAUACCUGAGGGUUUCCUAGGAGUUUUAGGAUUGCCAGGGCUGCCUGGCCUGGUCCAGGUGAGUCCUCAACCCAAAGAGCUCCUAGUCAUUCUUCCUCCCCAGAGAUCCCCAGAGAGAGAACUGGUUUAUGCCAGUUUUGGGUGGGGCUGAAGGAAGCCAAGUUGAACUGAACCUCACCAGGGAAAUCAUCCUCUUCUUCCAGACCUGUUGGAUGCUGCUCUUCCCCCAUGAAUCAUCAGUGUCCUUCAUGAACAGUCCUAGGACCAUGACAGAGGCUAGCCACACACCUGACCAAAAAAUAUCUCCAAGGAACCAAAUACCUCCAGGAUGAGAGGGCAGGAGAGCCUAAAAUGGUAUCUCCCACCCACUAUGGUAGAGCUGAAGAAAUGGUCCCUGCCUGGGGGAGCUAUUGGGCCCCACAGCUGCAAACACCUCCCCACCCCCUACCAGUGGUUUUUUCAGAGCUCAGAAGAACAGACUCCCUGGAGACCCUGCUUUUGAUAAGCCAAAAAUAAAUGAGAAAUAGUUGAAUUUCCCAAGGUCAUUUGAAGGGGAGAUGGGCUUAAUUUUUCUGCUCAGUUAACUGCCUAAUUUCUUGUAAAUGACCAACCUUUCUCCAACUUCUCAGGAGAUAGGUGAAGGUGUCACCCUACACAACCCUGAAUUCCCACAGAGCUUCUCACCGACUCCUAAGAUAUACCUCUUUCCCUCCCUCUGUCUAUUUGCUGAAGCCCAGCCUCACUCUGUUUUCUAAAGACUCUUAUAAAGAAAAAUGAAAACAGGCUCACCUCCAUUUUGUAAGUAUGUGAAAAGGGAAAAAAGUUUAAAAAAGCAAAAAGUUGAACUGUUGCCUGGAGUUUCUCCAGGCUCGACUUUUAAACUAUGUAAUAAUGUACAGAGAAAGGUGUUGGUGUUCCAAAAUUCCAUGUGGCUGUGCAAUUUAUGUACAUUUACAAUUAGAAAUAUUAAAGAUUUAUUUAGCUAUUUUAA